UGUCGACCGUCCUCUCCUUGUGCCAUCAUGACCCUCGCCGGCGUCCCCACCGCCUCGCUGCUCGCGGAGCUGCAGAAGCGCAUUGAGUGCGCCAGCAAGAAGGAGCGCCGCACCAUCUUCAUCGGACCCCCUGGCUGCGGCAAGGGCACGCAGUCACCCCUGGUGAAGGACGAGUACUGCCUGUGCCACCUGGCCACCGGUGACAUCCUGCGCGCCGCCGUGGCCGCCGGCACCGAGAUGGGCAAGAAGGCCAAGGCCGCCAUGGAGUCGGGCGCCCUCGUGACCGACGAGAUCGUGGUCGGCAUCAUCAAGGACGCCAUCAAGAGCCCCGAGUGUCGUCGCGGCUUCAUCCUUGACGGCUUCCCGCGCACGGUCGUGCAGGCCAAGAAGCUGGACGAGAUGCUCGCCGAGGUGAACACGUCGGUGGACGCCGUCAUCAACUUCAACGUGCCGGACGAGGUGCUGGUGGAGCGCAUUGCCGGCCGCCGCGUGCACCCGGCCAGCGGCCGCAGCUACCACGUCAAGUUCGCCCCGCCUAAGGUGGCCGGCAAGGACGACAUCACGGGCGAGCCCCUGAUCCAGCGCAAGGACGACAACGAGGCCACGCUCGGCUCGCGUCUCCAGGCCUUCCACAAGCAGACCCAGCCUGUGAUCGACUUCUACCGCAAGCAGGGUAAGCUGGCGGACGUCAACGCCCACACGGACAUGAGCCAGGUCACGGCCCAGAUCCACACGGCCCUCGGCGAGAACUAGAUCGCUACCGUUUGCGUUGCCACUCCUGAUGGCGGACAGUAGAGCAAGCCCAAGCUCGGUUCCGCGCUAGAUACGCUGCGUUCAGAUGCUGCGGCUUGCUAGGCUCGGGAUCUUGCAGGCAAUUGGUUGCCUGCAAGUGAACGAGCACCUCACACCAAGAGCUGCAUGAAUAUACUGUGGUGUCUUGCAUGAUCCUUGGA